AUGUCUUCCCAGGCUCGGAGCCCCAUUGUUGCAUUCUGCGGGAUGCUCUGCGUCUGGACCGCCGGGCUUUCGGGCUCCGGGGCGGCGUUGUCUCCCAACGGGACCGUGUUCGAGGACAACUGCAAGAAGACGUCGACCUGCGAGGCUCUGAAGUACAACACAUGUCUGGGAUCGCCUCUGCCCUACACGCAUACCUCCCUGAUCCUGGCGGAGGACUCCGGCACCCAGGAGGAGGCUUUCGAGAAGCUGACCAUGUGGUCCGGCCUGCGGAACGCUCCUCGCUGUUGGUCCGUCAUCCAGCCGUUGCUCUGUGCCAUCUACAUGCCCAAAUGUGAGAACGGUCGGGUGGAGCUGCCCAGUCAGAGCCUGUGUUUGGCCACACGUCGGCCUUGCAGCAUCGUGGACCAGGAGAGAGGCUGGCCCAGCUUCCUCAAGUGUGACAAAUUCCCUGUGGGCUGUUCGAAUGAGGUGCAGAAGCUGAAGUUCAACAUGUCCGGCCAGUGUGAAGCUCCCCUGGUGAAGACGGACAUUCAGUCCAGCUGGUACAAGGACGUGGAGGGCUGCGGUAUCCAGUGUGACAACCCGCUGUUCACUGAGGAGGAGCACAACGACAUGCACGCCUACAUCGCUUACUUCGGCACCAUCACCCUCCUCUGCACCUUCUUCACCCUGGCAACGUUUCUUGCCGACUGGAAGAACUCCAACCGCUACCCAGCAGUCAUUCUCUUCUACAUCAACGCCUGUUUUUUCGUGGGCAGUAUCGGCUGGCUGGCCCAGUUCCUGGAUGGCGCGCGCGACGAGAUUGUGUGCAAGAGCGACAACACCAUGCGACUCGGGGAGCCGUCGUCUUCAGAGACGCUGUCGUGCGUCACCAUCUUCAUCAUCGUGUACUACUCCCUGAUGUCGGGCGUGAUUUGGUUCGUCAUGCUGACCUACGCCUGGCACACGUCCUUCAAAGCCCUGGGCACCACGCAGCAGCCGCUGUCUGGCAGGACCUCCUACUUCCACAUGGUCACCUGGUCCAUCCCCUUCGUCCUCACCGUGGCCAUCCUGGCUAUCGCUGAGGUGGACGGAGACUCCGUGAGUGGGAUCUGUUUUGUCGGCUAUAAGAACUACAGAUACCGUGCUGGGUUUGUGCUGGCCCCCAUUGGAGUGGUGCUUGUUGUCGGCGGCUACUUCCUCAUUCGGGGCGUCAUGACUUUGUUUUCCAUUAAGAGCAACCACCCGGGACUACUGAGUGAGAAAGCUGCCAGCAAAAUCAAAGAAACAAUGCUGAGGCUCGGCAUCUUUGGAUUCCUCGCUUUCGGCUUUGUUUUCAUCACCUUCGGCUGCCACUUCUACGACUUCUUCAACCAGGCUGAAUGGGAGAGGAGCUUCAGAGAAUACGUGCUGUGUGAAGCCAACGUGACAAUCGCCUCUCAGACCAACAAGCCGAUCCCAGAAUGCAUCAUUAAGAACCGGCCCAGCCUGAUGGUGGAGAAAAUCAACCUGUUCUCCAUGUUUGGGACGGGUAUUGCCAUGAGCACCUGGGUCUGGACCAAGGCCACCAUCCUCAUCUGGAAACGGACCUGGUGCAAGAUUAUUGGCCGUAGUGACGAUGAACCCAAGAGGAUCAAGAAGAGCAAGAUGAUCGCCAAGGCCUUUGCGCAGAGGAAGGAACUUCACAAGGACCCAGAAAAGGAGCUGUCCUUCAGCAUGCACACCGUGUCCCACGAAGGACCAGUGGCCGGAAUCAAUUUUGAGCUAAAUGAGCCAUCGAAUGACAUGUCGUCCGCUUGGGCGCAGCAUGUGACCAAGAUGGUGGCCAGGCGAGGUGCCAUCCUGCCUCAGGACAUCUCUGUUACUCCUACCGGUACACCAGUACCGCCCCCAGAUGAGAGGAACAGGCUGUGGAUGGUGGAGGCUGAGAUCUCACCGGAGAUGAUAAAGAGGAAAAAGAAGAAGAAGAAGAGGAAGAAGGAAGUGCGUCAAGUGGAGGAAGCCGCGGACUGCCAGGCUUAUCGCCAGCGCGAGUUUGGUCACAGCUCGGUGCCUCGCUUGCCCAAACUGCCGUGCCACCCUAGUCUGGUCGCAAAUCUGCAGGAGCAGCAGAGGCAACAGCGGAAGCUGGAGGAGGAAGUCCUGCCAGGGUCCUACCCGGAUAUCCAACCCUCCCACCCUCUGUCCCGUGAGCAGAAGUGCCCCUAUCCGUCUUACCAGAGCAGUCGGUACAGCUAUGGCCGCAGCUACCCUCCCACCUUCAACGACCGCCCAGAGGAUCUGGGUCUCGGCCCACGCUGCCUUCCCUCAGCCUCCACCUGGCAGCCCAGUGGACCUUCCAGCUACCCGGGGGAGAUGGAUCUCACCGACGGGCUGUCGGAGAGGUUGGCCCACGUGGCUCGGGUACCGGCAGGCCGAAGGGCCGGCUACGGACCCAUUCACUCCCGGACCAAUUUAAUGGAGGCAGAGCUCAUGGAUGCCGACUCUGACUUCUAAGAGCACAGCUCCGAUGUAUUGCUCUGCGGUACACAGACAGUAAGCUACAAAAAGUGCUGGAUGCUUUUAAAAAACGAACUGAAUUUCAUCUAAUUCCACCUCCCCAGCUUAACUA